AUGCCAGCAGUUACGAAGGGAAGAAAACACCAACAAUAUUUUGAAGAGGAAGAGGAGGAAAACGAUAUCCAAGUAUCCGAUUCUGAAGAACAACAAGAGGAAGAAGAAGAAGAUGGUGAAGUGAAUGGACAAGAAAUUCAAGACGUCAAUGACGACGAUGAGGAGGAAGACAGUGAAAACGAAGACAAACAACAUCAUCACAAGGGUGGAUUCAAAAAGCACAAGUUCAACGACAAUGGAAACUUUACUCGAGGAAGAGGUGGAAGAGGUGGAGGUUUUAGAGGUGGUCGAGGUGGACGAGGAGGUCGUGGUGGUUUCAGAGGUGGUCGUGGUGGUGGUGGUGGAUUCAGAGGAGGAGACAAGUCCUUUGAUGGCCCACGUGGUAUUGAGAAACAACACAAGACCGAUGGUUUUGGUGGACGAGGUGGAGGUCGUGGAGGUGGCUUCGGAGGAGGUAGAGGACGUGGUGGUGGAAGAGGUGGUGGUUUUAGAGGUGGAAGAGGUGGUCGUGGAGGUCGAGGAGGCUUCAGAGGAGGAAGAAACAGAGAAUAA